UGCUGGCGUGAAGCUGUGUUCGCCGUACGUCGGCGUGACGAUCGACGAUGGAUGCGAAUUAGUUAAGUACAUAUCAAUCCAGGGUAAUUCUUCUACUUCUAUUGCUCCAGUGUCAUCAACCAACCUGCGCGUACGGUGCAGAGGUGCGAAUGGCGCGCCGACAAAUGGAUGCGUAAAAAAUUCACAUUCAGCAUAUAAAAGCGAACCUUUGCUCAGAUUCGACGAUCACUUAUUACUUGCUAUUCGUGCAUUGUGGCGCUAUUGUGCUAGAAAGGAAAAUGAUUAAAUUUGUUUGUGUGUUUGCGCUGUUGGCCGUUAGUUGCUUAGCCUUGCCAGUGGAAGAGCAUCCUAAACUAUCACGCCCUUCACCUAUAAAUCCCGAUGUUGCCAGCGACCCGAAACCAACCGAACUGAAGGAAGCGGCCAGCCCAUCUUCAUCUACUACCGAGAGUCACAUCCAAAAAGUCCCUGCAUCUGGGGUGAAACUUAGCGUUGAAGUAGCGACAAAAGAUGAAACCACAACAAGCACCUCUACCACGGAACAGUCGACUAAGAACAAUCCGAAACGAUCGGUAGAAUUGGAUACGGAUGUGACGACCUCCACGAAGCAACCCGCUUUCCGUCGCAAUCAGCCAUCUACUACGACCGAGCAGCCAAGCAGCACUACCGCAAGCAGUACAACUUCCAGCCCAGUUUCGGUGAAAACUCCAAUCGGUACGACGCGCUCAAAGCGUGAAGUCGAAGUGACUGCCAUUCCUGCCAGCAGUGUUAGUACGACCCCUACAAAACGUACGACGACGGUCGCCCCCAGCAGUAACGAUGAUGCAGAAGGACCCCAUUACGUACGGCCUGUUCCGGUGGAUCAAAUAUUGAAAAAUCUGAACCAACCGGAAAAGGCAGCCGGUUCGGGUGCCCCUGAACAGCACAAAAAAGAAAAAUCUAACGAAUCGAAGGAAUCUAAGGAAUCGAAAGAAUCUUCAGAGGAAGAAGUUCCACCAAAGGCAGAAGGAACUGAGCAAACAAAGGCACAUCAACAGACACACCCGGUAAUCCGACAGCAGGGUGCCUAAUCUGAUGUACACUGCGCGCAUUGUUUUUAAUCUUUUGUUCUGUUAUUUUUGUUUUACGUAUGUUCGAAUAAAAAGCUUAAACUCUUAA